AUGAUUUUCUACGAUUUUAAAGCAGGAUUAAAUCAAGAAUGCGUUCAACGGUUGCAAUUAGCAUUUGGUGAUGAAUCUCCAGCUCGUGCUACUGUAUUCAGAUGGAUUAAAGAAUUUAGCAGUGGUCGCAAUUUUCUUCAGAGUGAAGAACAGACAGGAAGGCCGCGGUCGGCUGUAAUCCCUGAUAAUGUGUCUGCCAUACGAAAAAUAUUAAAGGAUGAUAAUCACUGUACCGAUCAAAUUAUGCAGAAGGAAUUUAACAUUGGAUCCACAGCCAUACACAAAAUUAUUCAUGACGAAUUACAUAUGAAAAAAGUAGUUUGCCGUUGGGUCCCCCAUAAUCGACUUGAACACCAAAAAGAGGAGCGUGUCAGAAUCAGUAAAGAAACUCUUAAAUUGCUAAAUGAUGGUGGCCACCGCAUCAUUUCUAAAAUUAUAACGGGUGAUGAAACAUACAUACCGUUUUUUGACGUUCCAACGCGUCAAGAAAGCAAAGUAUGGGUCUUUGAAGAUGAUACCAUGCCGACAAUGGUGAAAAGACAACGCGCACUGAAAAAAGCGAAGUAUGCCGCUUUCCUCAGAAGUACGGGAUUGGUCAAAGUCAUCAACUUAUACCACUAA